GUGGACAUGGAACAGCCUCAGCCUACAAUGGGUGAUGUUGCUGGUGGAUCACAAGUGUAUCCUGCUUCAGCCUAUCCACCUGCAGCAACAGUAGCUCCUGGUGUCACUCCAGCCGGUUCACAUCCAACAGCACCACCACUCCCUUCUAAUCCAGCUCAGGUCAGUGCUGAGAACCAGCUUCUCUACGAGAAAUCGCAGCAAUUUCAGCAACAGCUCCAGCAGGUCUGGGCGAAACGUUUGUCGGAGAUUGAGCAGGACAGUGACUUCGUGAACCACACCAUGCCACUCGCCAGUAUCAAGGAAAUCAUGAAGGCUGACGAGGAUGUCUGCAUCAUCCCCGACGAUGUUGAGCUGGUCUUCUCGAAACUCUGCGAGAUGUUCGUGCUGGAGCUGACGCUGCGGUCGUGGAUGCACGCCGAGGAGAACAAGCGCCGGACCUUGCAGAAGAAUGAUAUAUCUGCUGCUAUAGCUAGGACCGACAUCUACGACUUCCUGGUUGACAUAAUUCCCAGGGAUGAGAUGAAGGAGGAGGUAGUGGGGCUUCGGGGGGCAGGACAGCCGGCUCUGGCCGAGGCAUGCCAGUAUUACUUCGCGCAGGAGGCUCAGCAGCAGGUGCAUGGUGCACCAAUGGUGUAUGGUGGGCAGGGCCAGCCAGUGACUUAUGCGUAUCAGGAUCCUCAGGAACAGCAGCAAGGGCCUCCUGCUGAGCAGCAAUCUUUUGAUGAAAGUGGCUGAGGUAGUGAGAUGUGGUGCCCUAAAGGCUGAAGUUGUCUCCAGAUUCAGAAAACUUCAGUUUGGUCUGUACAACUAAAUAUUUUCAUUAAGUUCCGCGUUAGCUUAUAUGAUCGUUAUUUAUUGGUUGAACUUGAACAUGGUGGAUCGCAUUAGGUGAGACUGAGAACGAGUUCCUCCAUGGAUGUUUUGUUUCUGUCGUGGUGUUGUUAUUGAAGGAUUAUGAUUUGGAUACUAUUAGGUGGUUAAAACUUUA